CCCCCUGGCCGGAAGUGGUUUCCAUCCUACCCAGGGUGCCCAGCUCCCCCCCCCCGUAACAUUGCUCCAAUUCCCGCCUUUGCAGAAGGGCCCGGACCGGGAGCCACCAACAACCAGGAACCGACUUCCCAGCGGCUCCCUCGCUCCCCGACCCGGCUGAUUGAGGGUUAAACCCGCCGAUCUCCGGGUCCCGCCCCGCCUAGACGCGCCCAGUAAUUGCUGCGGGGGGCGGGCUCGGGGCGGGACCGUCUCGUGCCCCGCGGAGCCCUGGGGGCCGAGCCCGGCCCGAGCGGCGCGUGCGGAGCGAGCCCCCCGCAGGCUGCAGCCCCAGCGCCCGGCGCGAUGUCGGUGACGUUUGAGGACGUCGCCAUGUAUUUCUCCCCAGCGGAGUGGGCACUGCUGGGCAAGGAGCAAAGGCAACUUUACAGAUAUGUCAUGUGGGAAAAUUACCGGACUCUGGUCUCGUUAGGAAUCCAGACUCCCAAGCCAGUGGUGAUCUCCAGCAUAGAGCGAGGGGAAGAGCUGUGUGUCCAGGAUCCCACAGAAGAUGGAGACGUCUUGAGAGGCACCCAGCCAGAUUUCCCAGAUGCAGAAGAGACCUGGGACUGGCCAGCAAUUGAAAGCUCCUUGGGCUUCUUCCUCACACAAAGCUCUUCCCCGGGAGCAGCAAGUGCCAGGACCCUGAGCAGAGCUGAGGGGCAGACUCCUGAGGAAGGAUCUGGGAACCUGGAGCCACUCAGGCCUUUCCCAGGGACAUCAGGGAAGAACCAUUCCCAGAAAACUGAGUGGGGAAGACCCCACAAGAGGCAGUGCAGGAAGGAGCCAGCAAUUCCAAGAAGCCAUCAGAGGAGAUCCAGGUCACAUCUAAAGCCGCCUGAAAAGGGAAAAGCUGAGCCCAGAAAGACCCUAUAUACCUGCCGUGUGUGCAGGGAAGAAUUCAAGGUGCAGAGAGACCUGAUAGGCCACCACUGGAUGGUUCAUAAGAGACAUAAAUUGUAUCACUGUAGCGAGUGUGGGGAGAGCUUCAGGAGAAAGAAGGCAUUCAAAGCACAUGGGAAAACCCACAGAAAGGAGAGAGCCCAUCCCUGUUCUGAGUGUGGGAAGAUAUUCAGCCAGUUAUCACUGCUCACUGCCCACCAGAGAAUACAUACGGGAGAAAGACCUUAUCACUGUGCUGAGUGUGGAAAAAGAUUCUUCCAAAUAACAGCUCUUACCAUCCACAAGAGAAUCCACUCAGGAGAGAGACCCUUUGCCUGCACUGAGUGUGGAAAGAGAUUUAUGGAUUCAUCAACGUUUCGUAAUCACCAGAGAAUCCACUCAGAAAAGAGACCCCAUCGCUGUAACCAAUGUGGGAAAGGCUUCAAACUUACAUCAAGUCUUACUAGACACCAGAAAAUCCACAGCGGAGAGAAACCCUUCCUGUGCCACGAGUGUGGGAAACAAUUCUGCCUACGAGAACAUCUCAUUAGACAUCAGAGGAUCCACACCGGGGAGCAGCCCCAUUGCUGUGCUGAGUGUGGGAAAAAAUUCAGUCUCCUUCAAAGUCUCAGGAGACACCAAGGAAUCCAUCGUACGGGGGGACCGCAUCGAUGCGCUGAGUGUGGGAAAAUAUUCGGUCAUCCAGAAAGUCUCACUCUACACCAGAGAAUCCACACUGGGGAAAGACUCCAUCACUGUGGUGAAUGCGGGAAAAAGUUUGUCCGUCUAGUACAACUCAGAGUCCACCAAAGAAUCCACACUGGGGAGAGACCCUAUUACUGCACUGAGUGCGGGAAAAGAUUCACCCAAUCAUCAGGCCUUAUCAAUCACCAGAGAAUCCAUUCAGGAGAGCGACCCUAUCCAUGCACUCAGUGCGGGAAGGUCUUUGCUCACUCGUCGUCUCUUACCAAACAUCAGAAAAUCCAUUUGGAAAAGAAGCCGUACUCCUGUGCUCGGUGUGGGAAGCGCUUUGCUCGCUCCGCAUCGCUCACUAAACACCGGAGAACCCACUCAGGAGAGCGACCAUAUUCCUGCGCUCAGUGUGGGAAGCGCUUUGCUCGCUCAUCCUCUCUCACUAAACACCAGAGCACCCACUCAGGAUAGAGACUCCUGACUCUUGUGUUUGAUUGGAGAAACCUCUUCAAUCUCUCAUUUCACUCUUUUCCCAAAGCCUGUAAAAGAGGGAAUCUGCUCCCACUCUGAACUGCUCCCACCUCCUCGCUAACCAGACAUUAGCUUCAGUGCUGGGUUUCUUCAAAUAAUUUGUGUGGCCCUGAAGAUGGGAGAAUUUAACCCUAGAGGCACCUAAGCAAUCACUGUGGAUUGCAGCUGGGACAGGGAUGACUGGAGUCAGGACUGUGCUUGAGAGGCUCUGGUUUCUCCCAGGCCAUUCACUCACUGCAGCUCCCAUCCUCUCAGGCUCCGCUAAUGGAAUUUAUUGUUUCCUCUUUCUUUUCUCCUUGGAAAAUGGAAAAAUGGACAAAGAUUCUGGCACAGCCUGAAAAGGAGCUUUCUUCACCUGCGUUAAUGAAAGGCUGUGACAUCCCCCGCAUGUACUGAAUCAAAAGGAAGGGUAUUUUGCUUUGGCUUUGAGAUAAAAUUAUAAAGCAAGCUGUCCUGAUAGUUGGCUUCGUGCACAAUGCAGCCAGGGCCCUGUCUUCACACCUAAUUGCCAGGCAAGCAAUACCAGCUAGGACUGGAAGGCUGGAGUCUGGAGUUUUGGGUCACACCAAUGAUAAUCCGGCUGAAGUCAAGACACCUGUUUUCUGAAAUAGUUGAACCUGUCAGACAGUACAUGAGACGCAACAUUUCUUAGAAACAGCAGCCACAGGUGGUGUGGGACUAUGUUUUAUUUUGAUGAUGCACUUCUUGAUGGAUAGACAAGUCAGAUUUGCAUCCCCUAGUCCAGUCAUUCUCAACCCUCAACUCCUGAGGGUACUCACUGCAUUGGCCUGCUAAACCCAGGGUUGUGAGUUCAAUCCUUGAGGGGCCCAUUUAGGGAUCUGGGGCAAAAAUCUGUCUGGGGAU